AUAGUAACAGGUGUACCAUAUGCUACCAGUACUUGUGCACGGCGCUGGCCACAUUCUGGGUUGGCUUGUCCCGAUUUUUUCCCGUCCGCUAUUAAACUUGUUUAUCCAGACCUACGAUUAUACCUUCUCACUUCACAAAGAGUGGAUAUUCCUGCGGCGGUCGCGCUGGACCAAGGUAAAAGCCCUUUAUAUCAUCACACGAUAUAUCCCCAUUGUCCUCAUCGCCGUGGACCUUUAUUUAAAUCUCACCCCGAAUCAAAACCCCAAUAAAUGCCAUAUAAUAAUCAGUAUCUACUCGUACUCCGGCCUGAUAUCACUCACUUGCUCUGAAUGCAUGUUUGUCCUCAGAACGUAUGCGCUCUGGAACAGGAAUAGAAUAUUACUCGUGGCCAUGCUGUCAGCCCUUGUUGCUGUUAUUGGAGCUUCCAGCGGCAUUCGUUUUGCCAAUCUUGCUGACUCUAAUGUUACGACUAGCGCGAUCCCAGGCAUCGCAGGCUGCUACUGGACCUCUCGCAGUAUCCAAUUCUCCAUCGCGUUCAUUCUAUUGUUUGUGUUUCAAUUAGGACUGGUCUCCCUCACACUCAUACAUGUCAUACAGAGCUGGCGGAUGUCCACCGGGCAUCUGUACGCUAUCCUGGUGAAUCAUAACAUAUUCUACUAUGCAUGUGGUCUCUUUCUCUCAGCCGGGAACAUCCUUGUGCCAAUACUAAUUUCCGAUCCCGCAUGCUACUCCCUCCUCGAUGAUUUACAGGUUUGUAUCAUUGCGAUACUCGCCACGCGCAUGCACCUCCAUCUUUGGCAUACGGACCAACACGCCGGGUAUGACACUGACGCCCUCGUGUGGGUUUCCCUGUCCGACAUGUCACCUGGAGACCUUGCGCCGUGACGUCUUAUCGCGUGGCAUAUUCGCUGUCGUUCGUGGAGUGAGAUUUGAAUACUAGAUGACCGGUCGCGUGGCUUGGUUGACUUUUGGAUGUGCUUGACGAUGUAGGAAUACAUAUAAAUAUCUACAUAUUGUAAGGACGGAGUGAUUUCCAAUAUGGUGUCGAC